GGGAGCGGGGAAGGGGCCGCAGCCCGCACCGCGGGGCUCCCCCGUCCCGCUGGGAGACGGCCCCCGGGCUCUCGGCGCCGCUAGUGUUGGCGGGAAGGCGGGCGCCGCCCCGCUUGUUUUCGUGAAUACGGCGGGCCGCCCCUCUGGCGCCGUCGCUAAGGGACCGUCCGUCAAUCCCCGCCCCGCGUUCCUGCCGCCGCGCCGAGCGCGGAGCGAAGCGGCUGCCGGCACAUGGCGCGCUGCGGUGUCGGCGCCCCGCCGAAGGGCCCCGGUCCGGCGGCGGUGGAGCGGCAGCGGCUGAAGGAGGCGCUGGCCGAGCAGCUCCGGCAGGACCUCGACAGGCUGCUGACGGAGGGGACGCGCUCCGACGUGACCAUCCGGCUGGGCGAGGCGGCGCUGCGGGCGCACCGGGCGGUGCUGCUGGCGCGGGCCCCCCGGCUCUUCGCCGGGCUGGGCCGGGGGCGGCCGCCCCGCGGGGUGCUGUGGCUGGACGGCGUGGGACCCGCCGAGUUCCGGCGCUUCCUGCGGCUUGCAUAUUCAUCUGAUAAAAAUCUUAAAGAAGCUGAGGAGCUGGUUAUGAUGAAAAAAGUAUUGGAACCCAAAUUAAUACAAGAAAACAACAUUGCUACUCUUCAGAACACUCAAACAAAUGUAAAUUGUCUUGGGGAUGGCAAAAGAGCGCCUGUUGAUCAGAAUACUCCAAGUGGAGAUGUGCAGAAAGAAGUUGCUUGUUCAUCGUGUAUUGAAGAGGAAAUUCCAGAAGCAGCCAUCGAUGCAGAAAGCAACAAUGACCCUACAGGUAAUUGCAAACUAGAAGCUGCAUCUGUGUUAGGAGAAGACUUAAUGAUGCUCUACAAGAAGUGCUGUUGUCCGGAUAUUAAUAUUUGUGUAGAAGGCAGAGUUUUUCAAGCUCACAGGGCCAUUUUAUGUGCCAGAUCUAGUUAUUUUGCUGCUAUGCUGAGUGGAAGUUGGGCUGAAAGCUCCCAAGAGCACAUCACUCUUCAAGGCAUAAGCCAUGUGGAAAUGAGUGUCAUCUUGCAUUUUAUAUAUGGAGGUAUUCUGGACUUCCCAGACAAAGUUGAUGUUGGUCGCAUGUUGGGCAUUGCAGAUAUGUAUGGGCUAGAUGGGCUGAAAGAAGUGGCCAUCUACAUUUUGAAAAGAGAUUACUGCAAUUUUUUCCAAAAGCCUGUUCCUGGAAAACAGCAACCUGUUCUAGAAUGCAUGGCUAUUGCUCAUUCAGUGGGAGCGGAAAACCUAUAUGCUGCUUGCAUGAAAUGGGUAGGAAAACAUUUUGCAAAAUGUUUGUCAGAGAGAAGCUUUGCCAGUUUACCUACUGAACUUCAGAACAACUGUCUUGUUAUGUUGAUUAAGUCUUUGAACCAUAAGAAUGCUGCUUUCCUUUUGAUGGAGAGUGACCGGCUGAUCAACAGCCUUCCCCAAGUGAAAUGGACGGAGGCAGCUGUGGCCUUGGCAUCUAGGCUACAAGAAGAAUGCGUAACAUUUAUUGUGGCAAACUUCCUACAUGUAGUACAAAGUGAAGGCUUCUCGGCUUUGUUGCAGGCACAGGCAAUGAGCAGCAAACCUGACCUGCUGGAACUAAUUUUUAAUGUGAUUGAAAAAAGUCUUAAUAAUGAAAAUAGCUGCUUUCUUCUUGUAGCUGUGGAUAUGUUGUUGGACUCCAUGAAUGUGAAGGAGAUGGGUUUUACGUGCAAGAUCCAGGCUCUGCGUGAUAAGCUCUGGGUCUUCCUGGUUCAGUCUUUUUAUGCUGUUCGUCACACAGAAGGCUGGAAGCUGAUGAGGCCAGACCAUCAACAGAAAAUACAAGCAGCUGCAUUUGACAAGGGUGAUGACCGAAGACUUGGCAAAAAACCUGUAUUCACUAGUUCUCAGCUAAACAAAUCUAUUACUGAAUCUGCUGGUAUAAGGAAUACGUCCCGGACAGAACACAGCAAGAAAGAUUGCUGGGGAGAUUUUUCCACUAAUCAGGAUAAAAUGAAAUCUGAUGGAUUAGGAGCAUCUGGACAUACAUCAAGCACCAAUAGAAACACUGUUAAUAAGGCUUCAAAGCAUGAGGAUGUAAAGGGGAAAGAUGGCAAAAAAAUAGUUUCCAAGAUUACUAAGGAUUCAAAACCUGGGGAAAAAGCUGCUUCACCAAAGGCUAGAGUUGUUAUAAAGACAAAAAUAGAAAAUAAUGGAAAUGUGAAGGCUGAAAGCAUGCUUACCAAGCAAGAUGUAGAAAAGACAUCAUCUGCAAGUGGACAGAAAAAUUCAGGAAGUGGCAAAGGACUAAAGAACCAUGAAGGGAAAAUUGCAGGUGCCAGACCUAAAGUGCUGACAGUAACUGCAAGUGUGCAGAUCAAAACAAAACCAUUGAAAAAAAACACAGGGAAGGAAUCUCCCUCCUUAGGAACUGUGGCAGGAACUUCCAGCAAGUCAGCAAACUCAAGCAUAGAUAUCCAGACUGCCAGCGAACAGACAGAGGAACCCAAAGAGGAUAAAUUGGUAGAGGAAGGGAAAAAACAAACUGUGAAAACAAAGCCAUCUGUGAAGACAUCAAAUGGAGUCACCAACAAAAAAAAAAAGACCGAGCUUGAGGCUAGUAUCACAACAAGCAGUCUGACAAAAAAAUCAACUGGAAAAGGAUGUAAUGAACAAAAUGUACAAGCCGUUGUAAAGAAAAAAGGAAAUGUGAGUAGCAAUUCUGCAGCACAGCAAAAGGCUCAAAACACACCUACCAAUUCUCCCAAGAACCAAGGACCUCAGGGGGAAUCGCCAAAUUCACUGAAAUCAGGAAUGUCUCCAAAACAUAAUGAAGAAAAAAAUGUGUUACAACAUCUGUCUCAGACAACACCCCCAGAAAAACAUUCCUCAGCCAAGAAGAGGAGUGUUAAGCAGUUGCAAACACCUGUAGCAAAAGCCACUGUAAAAAUAACACCUAAAACUCUGGCUCCAUCAAAACAUGCUGAAAUUAUGAAUAAUAAAGAACCAAAACCGAAAACAGCUGGGCAAUCUGUGUUAAAAUCUCAGUCCUCAGUCCAGAAGCAUUCAAGGAGUGAAUCUCCUGUUGUCCAGAAGAAUGUGCAUACUUCUGAACACAGAAGUUCAGGACAGAAACUUGAAAAAAACAUGACUGAUGCUGUGGCAGGUCAGCUUCAUGAGAAUAAUGAAUGCUAUUCUGCAAAGCAAAUUGAAUCUUUAAAAUCUGUGACAGAAAGUAGCAGCAAAGAUAAACUGCUGUCCUGUCAACCCAAUAAAGAAAAAUUAUCACAUCCUUCUGAAAGUGUGGAAUACAAAAUACAAUCCGAAUCUUCUCCUCUGAUUACAGAGGAAACUACUUCUAAACGGCACGUUUCACUGCAAAAUGAAAUGGAAGCAAGAGAAAUCUGUGGAGAUCAGACUGGAAUUAAACAGAUUGAAGGUACAGAGAAAGAUGGCAAUACAGCUGAAUUUCAGUGUCAUGCACAGUCUUCCAGUGAUGGAUACUCAGACCUUUCCAAGGAAACCAAUCAAAAAGCUUCAGGAGAACUGGUGAACCAUUCAAAAGCAACCAAAGUCUGUACUGAACAAAGUGAUAAAUUAAACUCUGAAACAGGUCUUAACUACGAUAAAAAUGCUUUACCAAGCUUUUCCAGAACGAUAACCAAUAAAGAGGAUGAGACAUCAUCUCCUCAGAUUCAUAUGGAGGGAUUUCUUACAGCUGAUGAGCUGUGUGAUACAUCAGCCUUGACUGACUACAAAUCAGUUACAGCAGAUUUAGAUGAUGUUUCAGAGUGUUCCACAGAACAAAUAACAGAAAAAUGUUCACCCAGUUACACAGAGUCUAUAGAUCCUACAGAAAUGUCUGAAAACCAUGAAAAUGCAGAAAUUCCCUUUGUGGACCACUGGAGUACUGGUGCACUAGAUCCAAAAGAGAGUCCUGAAUCAGAUACUGGCAGUGCAACUACAUCCUCUGAUGAUAUAAAACCAAGAUCAGAAGACUAUGAUGCUGGAGGCUCUCAGGAUGAUGAAGGAUCCAAUGAAAGAGGGAUUUCUAAAUGCAGCACUAUGUUGUGCCAUGAUUUUCUUGGAAGAAGCAGCAGUGACACAAGUACACCUGAGGAAUUAAAAAUUUAUGACAGCAGCCUAAGAAUAGAAGUGAAAAUGAAAAAAGAGGGUUCUGAUCUCUUCCGUGUUAAUUCAACGAGCGAUGAUGAAAUACCAAGAAAAAGACCUGAAAUUUGGUCCCAUCAAGAAAGUGCACGGACCAAUACUAGAGAAAGCAAAAGUUCUCCUUUUUCCAAUGCACAGUUUACUCAGGAAGCAGACCAAGUUUCUUCUUCUGCUGAUGAAACAGAAGAUGACAGAUCUGAAGCAGAGAAUGUUGCAGAAAACCUUCCUCCAUCCAGUGUUCCUACUCAACAGUUCCAAGGAAUUGAUAAUUUAGCUUUUGAAGAUGCAACAGAAAAUGACACAGCAAGUCAAGAGUUUUCUAAAACUAAACAUUUCAAACGAUCUGUUUUACUUUCGGUAGAUGAAUGCGAAGAAUUGGGAUCUGAUGAUAGAGUGGAAACUCAUACUUCACGUCAGCAUUCAAUAGAUUCUCUGACUCCUUCAGAAGUAUUUGACAGUGUUUCUCAAGAGCACCAUGGAAAUACUUUUUAUUCAAGAUACUCACUGGAAAUUGAAGAUGGAUUCCUGGAUUGCAAACACCAUAAGGAUAGAGACAAUAAAUCAGAUAAAAGUGAAAGUUCUCUCCUACAUCUUCAUGAUACUGAAACCCCAGGGAAGGAGAAUCAAAGUGCUUCAAUGACUGAACAAAAUUGCCCAGAGAAAGUCUAUUCAGCGGCUAGUCCGUGUCCAGGAGAAAAACAAAUAGUAAACAUGAAGAAUGAGGUGGCUAGUGAAUUUCACCAGUGCAAUAAAUACUUAGACAAUGAUGCAAAAUCUCAAGAAAGGCCAUGUCAUUUAGAUCUUCAUCAGAGAGAAACUAAUUCUGAUGUGCAAAAGAGCAGCUCUGCAAAACCUGUAGAAGCCAGUAAGAAUCAGAUACUGACUCAGGAAGGUCAAGUGAGAGACAGUCAACCAGCAACUACUGAAUGCGCUAAUACUGAUUUACUUCCAGGAGACAUAGAUGAUUAUGACACAAUGGCACAAACCUGCAUGUAUGAGCAUCGGCCUUCAAAAACCCUUUCUCCAAUAUAUGAGAUGGAUGUUGGAGAAGCAAUUGAGCAGAGGAUGGAUUCAGAAACAGCAGUUCUAGAUGUGGAUUUUGAAGAUCAGCAGUUUGCAGAACAGGACUGGACUCUUCUCAGGCAAUUGUUAUCUGAGCAGGACUCAAACAUAGGUUUCAAAAACUCUGUUCCUGAAGACCUUAACUUAGCACAAUGUCUUAUCAAUCAGACACUGUUUCUGGCACGAGAUGGUUCGAAUCCUCAGGGUACAUCACAAGUUGACACAUUCAGUAGGUGGACUGAACUCAUGUCUCCACUCGAUGAUUCUUCAGCAAGCAUUACAGUGGCAAGCUUUUCAUCUGAAGACUGUUCGUCCCCUCAAGGGGAAUGGACAAUUCUUGAACUGGAAACCCAUCAUUAAGGUGAUCAAAUGUUUGCAGCUGAACUCCAACCCAUUCCCCAAAUCUAUUUUUGAUGAGUUGUUUCCGUACAAUAAUGAAAUACUGCAUCAGUCAAGAACGAGCAAUUCUUGAUACUGAGGCAAUCUUUCUGAUAUAAUGAGGUAAAUAUGUUAAUUUAUAAUCUAGAUUUAAUCACAAGUACAAUAAUUUUUCAAGACUUAAAUGUAUGUCUUUUCUAAAAAUGAACUUUGAGCAUGUAUUUUCUAGAAUUGUUAGAAAAAAUUAGAUGACAUGAGAGAAAAAUCUUGGUUUCCACCCUCCCUUUCAUCUUCCUUUCUGACAUUUUAAUAUUCUUAUUGAGCAAGAAUUUAAAGAUGACUGCAUAAUAAGUAGAGCUAUUCCCCUCCUUUUUUUCCCCCCCCUCUUUAUAUGGUGACUUCAUUUUGCAACAAUAAAGAUUCGGAAUGGUUGUGUCAACAGGUGAUGUGUGCCAACGCUGCUUUAAAUGAUGGAAACAUAUGUUCAAAGAAAACGUUUCAGUAUGAAUCUGCCUUGGGCCUUACUAAUAUGAGCAGCUUGUUUCAUCUGUUUCUUCCAGAUUUGAUUUUUGUAUUUUUGGUUUGUUUAGAAGUUUCUAAUAAAUUUUUUUAAAUUGUCUUUCCUUUAAAUAUAAGACUUCAGAGGGUCUGUGCUAUAGGAAGAGCACUGUUUCUUUCUUGGAAAUGCACAUAUUUAAGUAAAUAUUUUUAAUGGCAUGGUGCAUGAAUUCAGAGGAUUUUGUAGAUGCUGCUCCUGUUCUAACAAACAGUAUCUCUGAUAUCUCCAAAAGUAUAUCUCAGUCUGAAGUUGUGGUCAGUGUUACAUCAGAAGUCUGAUGUUGGCUAGAACUACCUUCAGGCUUCAGUUCAUUACACUUGCACCCUUAUGACACUGUCUGAGGCAUAGCAAGAUUCUCAGGAAUUUGGUUUUGUUUGUUCACUUAAAUGCUACAUUUUUGGAGGGAUAAUGGGAUUCUUGCAUCUUCAUUAAUACCUCUAGUGUAGUUUUUACAACGAGACUAAAUAUCAACAUAACCAUUCUUCUGACUAAAAGUGAGAUAGGAUAUACUUCUCAGUACUGCUCAUUCUGCUGCUGUUGGCAGUUAAUUUGGGUGGGGAUGGGACUAUUUAUUGUCUUUUCUAAUUUGACAGGGGAGGAAGGGACUGAGAAGCUAUUCGUAAUUCUUACCAAGUUAGAACUCCUCCUGAAACACACAGGAUUUUUUCAUUGCUAAGGUUAGGCCCUCUAAGAUAUCUGCAUUAUAUAAGUAGUAGGGCUUGUCUUUCACACAGCUUAAAAUCUAAACAGGAAGUAUUCUACCUCCUCUUAGUCAUUAACAGAAGUGCCUUCAGAAGCAGGUGCUAUAUGGCAGUAAAAGGCUACUAACUUUUUUUUUGUUAAAACUAUUUAAGAUAAGUACACAACUUAAACUAACUGCAACCACUGAUAAUAUGGUCAGUUUUGCAAGCUUUUGCACAAUUCCAACAGUGCACCUUAAUUUUCUUAGAAACUUCCUUUCUUUUUGUUCAUAGUCAAAAACUCAGUUGUGUGGAAAUAGGAAGUUGCCCCAGCAUAUGACUAAAGAAAUUAUGACUUGUCUUAUCUGUGGACUUGACAUAAUAAAGAGCUCUAAGGCACAGCAGUGUAUCUAGAAAGCCACUUUGUUCAACUUCUGAUGGAGAAGUGAUGUUUUAUUUUCCCCAAAUUAAAUGGAGAAUUUUAUCUCAUUCUUUAAUAUCAAAGCAGGAAAAAAAAAAAAGGGAAAGCCUUCCUUUCCCUUUAUAAUGAAGAAGGAAGACUUGAAACUCAAAGGAGGAUCUUCAGUCUCAUAAUAAAAAUCCCCUAUUUUUUUUAGCUUUUAGGAUCAUAAAUAGUCAGAUACAAUUCAAAAUAUUUUAAAUGUAAUAUGCUGUAUUUACCCCAGUCUUCAUAUUGGGUGAGUCAGAAGAACAUUUAGGAGUGCAAAUCAUCAAGAAAACCUAUUUUUCAUCUUCAAGUUUACAAGGUAUAUCGACAGUGGAAAAUCUCUUGGAUAAAUGAAGUAACUAUAGUAUUAGCCGCUGUAAAAGAUGAAACUCUAGAGAAGCUUUUACAGAAGGCUGAGGAAUGGUGUUUUUUCAAUUUCUGUGUAAAAAGCUAAAGUAAAAAUUGUUUAAAAUAAAGUUUAAGCAACUUUAAAAUCCUGAUGAUAUUCUGUUAAACAAAAUGAUGGAAAGGAUUAGGAAAGGUGACAAAGUGAAAGAGGGGUCCCUUUUGUCUAUUUUUUGCUUUACCCAUAUUUUUAACUUCAUACUGAAUUGAAAAAGUAGCACUGAAAAGUGGCACACAAAGUUCUAUGUUUGUUGUAUGAAAUACAAUCACCUAUAGGGCUUUUUUAAUCGUGUUUUCUCUUUGCAUUUACUCUUCCGGUUAUAUGAAAAUUAAAUUAGCUUCUCUCUCCAAGUCCCCAGUGAUGUUGCAAUGCCUUUAAUAGUUUUGUAGCAGACUAGUGAUUAGGAUUUGGUGUAUUGUUCAGUUGAUACAUACGCAGCCAUAGAAUUCAGCUUCCCAGAGCCAGAUAGUCUCUGUAGAAGUAGCAGGAAUAGAAAGCCGUAUUGUUUUUAAUUUGUGUUACCAGAGUGCCCAUGAGGCUUAAUCAGACCAGCAUCGCACUGGCUAGACACUGUACAAACACAGAAUAAAAACAAGGACUUCCCACAGAGUGGUUAUAAUACAAGCAAAGACAUAAGACAAAAAAGACAUGGAUGGAAAGGUAAAAUGAGAGUGUCAAUAGUUAUCUAGCUACAGUUUCAGCGCACCAGUAGUUUAAAUAUUGUCUUUUUUUUUUAUUCUGUAUGCAUUCUGAGAAGGGGAAAUCGGAGGGUGAGAUUUGGAGGCUGGAUAAUGAGGGAGCUCUAAGAAUCUAUAUUCCUGAUCAGCCAUGUGCGUCAUCUAAACUCUGUUCUGUUCCACCUUGUUUAGUAGUCCUUUCUCAUUCAGGAGUAGGUGGCUAUCUGUUUAAUAGUAUCAGUCACUUGAGUUCUGUGGAGUCCUGCUCAUGCCUCCUGACAGCGACUUUGCCACUGUAUUGGCCUCCUCUCCAAAACAUGAGGGAAUGGACAAACGUUUGUUUGGGAACUUCAUAUACAAACAGUCAAAGCUAGUGUCAUGGGCUCCAAGUGAAUAGUGAUUAAGAGGUCCUGAAUGACCUCUGAAGUAAAGACAAGGUAUGUACAUCUGAUGAAACAGUGAAAGGGCAUCAGUGAAGAAACUAAAGAAAGAGAUGGGAUAGUCAAAACAAUGUUUAAGAACUUACCUUUGCAGAAGGAUUUUGAAUGAGUAAGAGCAGUGAAAUUGCUUUGUCAAAGCCUGAGAAGACAAUGUUGGGGUCAACCGGUGAUACUGGCAGCUUACAUGAGAUCAUUAUGUGAAUGGGUAAAGAUGUCUCCUACAGGCAGUAACAAGAAAUUUAGUGAAAUAUCAGUGAAGUUUAGAGGAGAGGACUCGGAAAUCAGAGUUUAAGGUAAUGACCCUGGUUUUGCCUACCUUGAAUGAAUUUUAUGAAAGUGAAAAAUAAGGAAGGAUGUUUUACAUAUAUGGAGGUAUCAAGUUAAAAUAGGCUAGACCUCCAAAAGGUGAUGUCAAUAGGCAUAAUGAUUUUUUUUUUUUGCUUGGAAAAUUAGAGUCUAGACUGGACUAGAGAAGCAGCUUUGCAGGUUUUUCACAUAUAGAUGCUAGCUAAAAUAGUAUUUGGGGAAUAAAUCACCGGUUGACAUACUGCAGAGGGAAAAAGAGAAGGAAAUGGAGGCUGAAACACUUGAAUUGCUACAGGAAAUUGAGGAAAGUGGAGCUUCUUCCAAAUUAUCUGCUCAAAAAACCAAUUAGGGAAACAAAGGAAAUAAAUAAACAAAGAUGGUGACAGGAGGAGGACAGGAUAUAAGGGAAAAAGCACCGUUGGCUUCAUUGAAGAUGGCCCAUAAGACAGAUAAGUAUAAAAUAGCAGUUUUGAGGCUGGUUAAGAACAUGUUCUGAAGGACUGCGUUCAAAAUGACAUAUUGGCUUUCUCAGAAGGAAAGGCAGGCAGAUGCCAGUUUGGUCAAGUAUGACAGAAUUGCAGGGAGGAAACUGAGCUUAAACCUUGAGAGGCAACCAUUAGAAAAGCACAUCAGUUAAUAAUACAUUUUGGUUUUUAAAGGGAUAAGAUUAUACCAUAUUUAUAUAGUGUAGCAAAAGAAAUGAGGAGACUAAGACCUGAAGUGAAGAUCAGGAGAGAUAAGUAUGCAUGAAAUGAGAUCAGCAGGCAGUCUGGGCUGCUACCACAAAUGAUCAGAUAAGAGCAUAAGAAAAGACGAACAUCUUUUGUGGUGAGGGUAGUGGAAAGAACACUCCGUAUCUUCAUCAUUUUUCUUUUAGAAAAACUUGCUGUAGAACCAUAAAAUUAUAGAAAAAUUGCAGAAAAAUCAUAGAAUUACAGAAAAAUGCAAGCUAGAAGGGACCUCCAAAGGUCUCUAGUCCAACCUGCUAAAAGCAGGGGUGACUUCAAAUUUAGAUGAGGAAGCUAGGACCAUAUCAAGGUCCAUAGCGUGUAUAAUGGUAAUAAAUAAAGAUAGCAGACGGGAACAUGGCGCUCACUGGAAAUAGUUAUUUAAGAUUAAAAAUAUUGUAAUAAAACUACUUUGGGUAUUGUUGGAAAAGAUUAGUAACGAAGUACAAGAAAUAUGGCUUGCUUGCAGUAUUUUUAAGUUCUGGAUUAUAUGUGAUAGAACUGUACACAUUUAAUAAUCCUAUUCCACACUUUACUUUUUAAAGUUUUAAAUUACUUCAAGUUACUUCGCAAAUUGCAAAUUUUAUUAUUAUUUUGGAAGAACGAGUGGGCAAGAAGAGUUUCCCAUGUUUCUCACACAAAGAUUGUCCAUAGGAUCUGUUCCCCUAGCAUUGUCUAUCUCGCUUUCUUUAAGGGCAUAUGUCCAAAAAAAAUUAACACACCUGUACUAGGCACAGAUUGCAGGAGGCUAUUUUAAAAAUUGAGUAUAUAUUAUUGCCAUCUGGAAAAUAAUUAGUAGCAUGCUUAUUCUACUUUGUUCCAGAAAAUCUAAACCUUUGCAUGAAGGAAUUAAGAACUGCUAUUAUGUUGUUCAUCUGUUGCUCGGAACCAAGACACUUAAGAAGUCAUUACUUUGCUUUCACUAACGUCAAAGGAAAAACUCCUUUUGACCUCAGCUAAAGCAGGUUCAGGGCUUACCUAUAUUACAUGCAUGUACUAGAAAUGCUAUUUUUCCAGUAUAUCUAUUUCAUAGCUUUCUAGUUUUACUCUAUUAAUAAUAUUGCACAGUUGUAGAUGUGACAAAUUGCAGCUAGAAAGACUUCAAUUUAGAAGUCAUAAUUAUAUGCAUUUUGUUAAUAUUUCAUGACUGGGGUGAUUUAACAUUUGUACAUUGAUAGAUUACAUUCUUGCCAGGACUACACAGAACUGAGGACAAAAGGAUCAGAGAUAGCAGCUUUGUUAUGACACAUGAUUCCAUGGAAAAGGGCUUUUAGAUUUGAAAUCCAAUAUAAACUUUCAUCUCUUACAGAAAAUCCAUACUAGUUUUCAGCUCUAUCUCUUGAACACAAGCUAUAUGUGCUAUUUUUGAAAAAUAAGCUUUAAUGUGUUCAAUUUUGGAAAAAUUACAGCUGAAAUCUAUUCUUUGGCUAAUUUAAAACCAAGCUUCCUAUCAAAAAAUUACUGUGUAUGUUUAUGUGUGUUUAAGGAAACUAAACCUGUAACAGAGGAAAAGUGAUUUAUAUAAAAAGUGGGUAUUAAUUGGGAAAAAUACCGGGUUUGAUUAUUUUUUUUAAUUUUAUUUUCUUGAGCUUUGGUAAUUAAUAACUGAAGAAGCUAUACAGUGCAUGAAUGCACACACACCUGUCUAUUUCUUACAUUUGACCUUCCUUUUAUACUUUGCUUUGCAAUCUAUACUGUAUGGUCAAUUAGGCCACAGUUCUGCAAACAUGGGAGUGAAUCCACUUAAACGUUUGCAGAUUGGCUUUCAGGUUAACAUUCACUUUUCAGAAAGGGUAAUGGAACUGGCACUGGGAGCAGACACUCUGCAUAUUUGUGUUUUUAUGUGGUACUCAACUCAAUGAUGUUCUAAUCCUGAUGAACCAUCUGGACACAGUUAAAGUAUGAAAUAAUAAUGGAAUUCCAUUAAGUUGCUUCCCUGUUCUCCUUGAUUUGUUGCUGAAGUUCCCAGCUCAGAAGACUGUUCCAUGAGAGAAAUCAAAGUCCUAAGAAAUCUAACUUUUUGCAUUACAUGCAACAAAAGAUAUUUUGCUAUUGCACAGUAAAACAUGAAUACUGAUCAGAUCUUCAAUAAACGAAGCCUCAGUAUUCGGGGGGGCUGACUAUAACUCAGUAACUAGAUAUACUUAACAAGGGCACUGAUGGACAAAAUAGGUUUUGGAUGUUAACAGCAGGUGACUGUUAACUACAUUAAAGUGAGUGCAUAUUCUGGUGAACCUGAACAGAGGCUCACGUGUACAAACUGGGGGACUGAGACAAAUUACACAGGUAGUCUAUCAGGUUUUGUAUUUAUGCAUGCAAGUAGAAGUGACUUGACUUUUUUUCAGCUCCCACUGAAAUUAGCAUGAGUGGUAUCAGAUCCAUAUUCAUAAAAAUCAGGAUCUUUUUAAGUGUCUAAACAGAAAAGACUGGUAACCCGAGUAAAAAUUUUGGCUCAUGUACCUUACUUUAUAAUGGUAUAAGCCAGCUUUGAGAUUGAUCUCACUAAAUGACUUAAAUCUACAGUAUUUAUGCAGUCCUUAUUUAGUCAUUUGUUUGGUUUUCUUCUACUCGUGUUUAAUGAAAUUAUUUUAGUUCUUCACUUUUUUUUUUAAUAACACACUUUUGAGUGUGGCAUGGAAUCCGGCCUCUCAGUACAAUUGUAUCAAUGUGCUUAAGAUCGGUAUAAAUAGGACAAACCAUAUGUACGUGCCAGAUUCAGUGUAAGCAGUGUAAAAAAUUUUUGUUGCCUUCAUAGAAUGAGGUAAUCUUCAUGUCCAUGAACAUGAGACCCACCUAUAAAUCAAACUUCCUACCUGUAACAAAAUGUCUUCCUGUAUCUUUGUGACAGAGAAGAAAACUUCAAUCUCUGUUUUCUGGAUUAUCAUAUUCUAGUGAUCAAGAUUAAUCCUAUGUAUGUAUAGUGGGAUGCAUUUGGGGAAAAGUUUGAGUCACUAACUCUAGUCCAUGGCUUUAUGGUCCCAGACCAUUUUGACUUCUCAGUCUUUGAGAAGGUGAGGCGGGGGGCAUGUUAAGCUCUCAAACUGAAUGCUUGCAUGUUUUCCACCUGCUUGCUUUUCAAACCUAGAUAAUUAGCUGGGUCUAAGUAACCAUAUUUUCAAAUGACUCCUUGUGAACUGGUCUUCUGUUUCCAGAAUCUCUGUACGGUUGCAUAGUCCCACAAGCUUUCUUCCCCAUGCUACAUACUGAAGAUUCUUAGUUGAUUUCUGUAUAACAGAAAAUAAUAAAUCCUAUGUGUAACUUAAAU